GGCACGCUGGGACGUGUAGUCCGCAGGGCAGGGCGGGCGCUGUGUGCACGCCUCCCGCCGUUUCCCUGCGCGGCGGCGGGGCCAGCCAGGCUCCCCGGGCCGCGGUGAGGCGGCGACGACGCUACACGCUGCCGCCGUGCCUGCCGCUGCCCGGCGCGGCGCAGCAGUAAUGCUCGAGUCCAUCCGUGUCACCGAAGAACUUCACUGGCCUAAGCAAGAGCUCUCUAAGAAGUCAGUCCUGAGUCCAGAAGAACAUAAGCUAAACAUUAAUAAUGAAAACAGUCUCCAGCACCUGUCUACUGGGAUUCUUAAGGACAUUUUCACAACAGGAACCAGUAGCUACAAUGUCCUUCUGCAGAGCAAAGAAGAGAAAAAACACCAGGCUCAAAAGCAGUCAUUUGCUCACCAUAAGAAACACAGAAAAGCCACAAAGUGUUCUGCCACCUUGCGAGGCAGUGAGCAUCGCAAAAUCAAAGUCCCACUGCCUUUGCUCAGCAGCGGGUGGUACUGCACAAACCGACAGCCUUCCAUCUUUAUCACUAGCCCAGUGUCUAGCAGCGUGAAGUUUACAAACAGUAUUUCAGUUGCAGGGAACAGCACAGGACUGCCUCCUCGACCCAGAAGUAGAACUAAGAGGCAUUUUAAUCAAACAAAGCCAAAACAAUCCCAGUUGUCAAAAAGCCAUGGAAAAGAGGGAGAUGUCUCUGGCCGAAAACUCUGUUUACUAACUGCCAUCAAGCCUUCCAAUGUGGAGAAAGAGAAGAUGAAAUUCUUCAAGUCAGAUUUCACAUACAAUCCUCAAUUUGAAUAUGCAAACCCUGCACUGCCAAAUGUGUUAGCUAAGCAUAGCCAAGCAUCUGACAGAUUUCUUAAGCAGUCCAUUAACAUUAUGGAACGGACACUGCAGAAAUAUGGAAGCUAUGAAAAAUUUGAACAGGCCACUGGAGGCAGCUUGCUGACCAAAAGUCGCAUCUGGAAUCAUGUCAGGAAAUACAUGGUGAAAGAAGGCUGUCUUGGUGAGAUUGUGGUCCAUCUCACGGAGGACCUGCUUUCUCGAGCCUCAAUGACAGUGGUGAAUGGCCGUCCCACUCUCACUAUCAAUAUCUCCACUGCACGAGAGCACUGGCUGGAAGGGAUGCUGAGACAUGAAAUUGGAACUCAUUAUUUUCGGGGUAUUAACAACAACAGCCAGCCUUGGUGCAACUGGAAUGGACGUAGAAAACAUGGGUUAAAACCAAUCAACCCUACGGAAGAGGGGCUAGCGAGCAUUCACAGUGUCCUGUUCCGCAAGGACCCUUUUCUUUGGAGGGCUGCCCUCCUCUACUACACAGUGUAUCAGGCUAGCCAAAUGUCCUUCAGUCAGCUUUUCCAGGACGUAGGAAAAUUUGUCAAGGACCCUAACACUAGGUGGGAUUACUGCGUACGAGCCAAGAGGGGGUGGACCGACACAUCACAGCCAGGCUGUUUCAAUAAGGAUCAGGUAUACUUGGAUGGCAUCCUUCGAAUCCUGAGAUACAGAGAGUCCAUUGAUUUCCAUCUUCUGACAGCCCUUGGAAAGAUCUCAUAUGAGGACGUGGACCGCCUGAAGGAAUUAGCUGUGAUUGAGAACAUGAGGGUACCGCAGUUUUUGCAAGACCAUGCACGGUACAUGGAGCACUUGGAAAAGAUCAUGGAAGUCAAUGAGCUGACUGAUGAGGAGCUCCAGGACCUCAUAAAUUAACAGCAUUAGCUAAUCAUUUGUUAAUGCUGUACAACUGAGACUAUAAAACUGGACUUAGAACUUGCAGAAAUUGACUUUUCUGCAGAAGGGGGAGGUGGUCAGAGUACAUAGUUUUGUGAAUUAGGUUUUUAAAAAUACAAACCAUGAAACUAUGAACUCAGAAGUUUUUCUUUUAAAAAAAAGUUCCUUCGAGUUCCUUUUGCAUUGUCAUUGUAUACUGAUUAUUUUUUAAAGGGGCUUUGUGCUUUUUAAAUUUGGCUUAGGAAUGCCUUUGCAGUGAUGUGUCCAAUCAUCUUCUCUAUAUUUUGUAUCCUACAAAAGGAGUUUGUCACUUUCUUUUUUAUAUACUGUCUUUUCCCAUCCCAGUUUUGGGGUGGAGGAAAGAAAAAAAAGAGAGGAGCUCACUCUCAUUUGCCCUGUCUUUGUUCAUAGCUUUCACAACUCACAGCAACAGAACUGCUGUAGAUUAUGCUACAUCACUGUCUGCUUAACUCUUUCCCAUUUGCUCAUCAUAGCAACAAAAAAAAGUUAAAAAAAAUUCACAGAACACAGAAACGUGUCUUGGCGCAAUAGGAUCAAAGCUGUGUCACACUGUAAAGAACCAUUUGUUACUAAGAGACUUGGCAUUAAAAAAAAGGAAAGAAUAAAAGAAAAGGUAUUGCUGGUUCAAUGACCAUAAACAGAUUAUCUCCCAAAAGAGUUGUUCCACAUCUUUUCCUGUAUAGUACAUGUUUCAAGAAGCUGAAUUCUGGAAAGGGUUUCCCACCUUUGAGGACAAGUAUAGCAUGUCUAGGAAGUUUAACAUUUCAAUGUUUUGGAAGGAGGAUGGGGCAGAACUAUGAUUUUGUGACUAGCAUGCUUUAAAUAAAUUCAGAUAUACAGGGACAUAAUUCAGUGCAGCAGACAACCCCCACUUCUUCACUGAGUCAUCAGAGAGUCAGAUCACUUUUUAAGCAGUUUCAGGCCUCUGUGCUACAGUAAGCUUGAGCUUGCAGAGCUCGUGUGAGGACUGAGACAUUAGUGAGGUGAGAUUAAGACUCACAAGUGUCCUAUUCUCAUGUUCAAAGCAACAGAACUGCUGCGUCACUUCUGAAGCAAAUUUACCUCCAUUUUAAAUGUUAGUGCUAUAUUCAGAACUAAGCGGAGAAAGCAUAUUACUCUAUGGCACAGCCAGUCAAAUGGUAAACAGCUUGCAUGAUGCAGGAGGACUUACAGAGAACUACAUUUUCUGAAUCCAGGGUAUUAUGUAAGAACUGAGGCAAGUUGCAUUUUGCACUUGUAAGUACUGUGACAAAGGGUUUUGUUGUGGUAGAUAACAUUUUACCAGGGCUGGUCUGAACUCCUGGGAAGGAGCCAUGGUACUGUUCUCACUCCGACAGAGGCUGGACAGGAACAAGGUUCCCUCUGCGCCACACUUAUUAUGUGCCUGAGCCCCACUAUCUCCUCCUCUUCUCUUCCCCUGCUCUUUAAUCCAAAAGCUGGGUAACACAUUUUGUGAUUCAUAGAAGAAAAAAAAAAAAAAACCAUGGGGAAAAGCUCUCAGUUGGCUAAGCAGUCUGCAGGUUUUGAGUAAUCCCAAGAAACAGGCUGCUUCUUAGUAUCGCAAGUGGGCUGUAGUGGCUGCCCAACUGCUUGAGAAAAGAAAAUGCACUCAGCAUGUACAAAUUUACUAAAUUUGGUUAUUUUUAAGACAUGGACCAAGAACUCCUCACAGCCUUGAUUUUGUAUUGUUCAUAGUGUUUGUGACCUGAAAGCCUGCCAGCCUCUGUAUGUUUAACAAAAAGCCCUUUUCUUCUUCCUCCUGGGGUGCUCAUAGCUUGAUCACUGGUAACUUUGCCUAGCUUUGCUUUAGUGCUGAGCUGAGCAGACCUAGUGUUGCAGCAGCCUGCGGGAACAGUUUGCAGUCACGCACUCACUCCAGAUUUUGGCUCCUUUGCCGCAAGCAGCAAAAAGGCCACACGUGUCUGAGGCUGAGUCAAAGACGCCAGUUAAAAAGCUGUCUUUGGAGUAAAUUGGAUAGAGAUCGUCUGAGCUACAGCAUAGAAAAACUGGGCUCACUUUGCUAAUCCAGGGCUAUGUGAAAAGUUCAGUCCUUUAUGAAAGGGCUACAAUUUCAAAAAUUUUUUUUCUUACCAGAGAGAAUUCCCAGCCUUCCUCCAGUUGCUUCUGUGUUAAAAAAAAAAAAAAAAAAAAAAAAAAAAAAAGUGAUUUUUCCCCUCCCCAGUAGUAGCUCUGUUAUAGUCUGAGGGUAUUUACUGUAAUGUGUCCAUGAAACCAGGAAGCCUUGCUAGUCACCUUGCUUUGCCACAGAUUACCAUAGUCAUAGCCCUUUCUCCACCUGCCUAUUGACUGUAUUACUGCCCUCCCACCCAAAAUGCUAGUGGUCUUUUUGCUUUGCUUGAAGACCUGCAUCUCAUUUUCCCCAAAGCAGUUGGUGCCAUUUAACUUCCUAUAUUUUUUCAUUAUUCUAAAAAUAGGUGUGACUAGUAGAAGGUUGGCAUCAAAGUGGUCAGCAUUAAAAAAAAAAAAAAAAAAACAGUACUGUAGCAGUAGAUUCAACUGUCACCUUCUAUUUUGAGCAGAUUUGUCCUUCCUCCUUUGUAAAAGUGUUUUAAAUUUGGAAGUGCAGCUUUUGUAACCUUUCUGAAUCUUUUUUUACUGUGAUGAGCCUGGUUACUAAAUCAUGGUACUGAAGUUCGGUAAUAAAGUUUUUGGACAGUAGUGCACGUAAGCUCAAGUUACUACUAAAUUUCACGAUGUCAAUGAUGUGAUGACAGCCUUUCCUAGUAGUCUGGUCCAGUUGCUUUGCUGUGUAUCCAUGUCUCACUACUUCUGUGUCAUUCAUACACAGAAACUUGGUCAACAUUAGGAUAGAUGCCCCAUUUCACCUAGCCAAUUUUAAAUGGCAUUUUAUACAACAAUUGCAAAUAAACAAAAGAGAACAACAGAAUCUAGACUAUAGAAGUGUUACUUUCGCAUGACAGUGUUACUUGUGACAAAGUUGGCUCUACAGCUGGUUGGAAAUUUAAGUUGUGAACGAAGGAUUGAAGGUUUUUCAGAACCAUGUGAGAAACAGUUCUUGGAGUCAUGAAAAAUCUACCAUGUGGAUUUGUGACAGUUGUACAGCAGGUAGGGACCCCUGUACUCUCCAUCAGAGUGCUCACGAGGAGAGAUUCAACGUACUGCUCUUUGCUAAGAUACGGUCUGAGGCAUCACCAGAGCCACUUGACUGUGCUUCCUUUCCCAGCACCAUCCAUAUGGGAAAUAGCAACUCUAAAUGCUCUGCUUUAACUUACUGAUGCAUCCCCUCCCUCUUCCCCUGCUGCUCAUUUCAGGGCUCCUUAUCCCUUCUCACAAGUUUUCAUUUUAAAGUGACUUAAUCAUUUUAAUAAUAGGGUAUUAGUGCCAAAUUAAGGAGUUCUUUUCAAUAUGUAGUUUAAAAUGAGAUUGUGUAUCUUUAAUAUACAAAGGGAAAAAUCUAUUUUGGGUUCACUGAACAAUUUUAUCUAAUGUAAUUAUGGACUUUUCACAACUGGAAAUAGGCCAUAUUGAAUUAAAUUCAGUGGAAAAAAAUGAAUAUUGAAUUUUAAAACCAUUAAUUUAUGUUGAUUCAAUAAUAAAAAGAUGUCAUCAGGAUUACAUUUCAGCCAUA